UAGAUUCUUCAACCAAAUAUCCAGUCCAUAGCCACCAAAGGUAACCCAGCUGGGCAGCUACGUUUCAUUCUUCCUUCCUUCACGUUGACCAAACCCUAUUCAGAAGUAACAAGCUUUCUUCCCAAUUUCAAAACUUUUCCAAGAUCCAAACUCUCGUCUUUAACGUUAUGUUACCCAUCUAGAAUUGCCUAGUUUCUAGCUAAAUUGAAUAAUGGCAUCUCCCUUUUCAUGUCCGGCGAAUUCGUUCAUUUACAAUUCAACCCUUUGCGCCUGCAACCCUGGUUACUUCAUUGCAGCCGGCAACAACAACAAGACCUGCGAGCUAUUUGCAAGCGAUAGUCAAAGUCUGGUAGUUAAUUCUGGAGUGGAUUAUUCAAUUAACUUCCCAGAGACUAUAUUUUCAUUCGAUUCCAUCAAGAAGUUCACACAGUCGCAGGCUGUUUUCCUCGAGGCUACUGCUGUUCUUCUUGUUUCUUGGCUAUGCUUCUGCUUGUUCGUUCGGUUUAGAAAGCUUGACGAUGGACGCUCGAUCUGGUUCCGGAUCCGGUGGUGGAUUAGUCGGCUGGACAUCAGUUUUUCUACACGUCAUUGGCUGGAUGAUCAGAAGAUAGUUGUGAAGCGUAAAACAGAACUUGGUGGAGCUUUCUCUAUAGCAAGUUGGAUUGUUUUUCUCGGUUUAUUUGCUGCGUUGCUCUACCAAAUCAUAUCAAAGAGAGCCAUUGAAGUUCAUACCAUCAGAGCUUCAAAUGCACCUGAUCUAGCUGCUUUCCAAAACGACAUAGAAUUUAAUAUAAUCACCAUAUCAAGCAUGAGCUGUGCACAUCUUCGUCAGUUGGGUAUUUUAGUAAUUGGGAACCCGGGAUAUAUUGACUACAGAACCGCUCCACUAGUAACAUUUGCUAAUUAUACAUGCCAGAACACGACUAAAGGGCCAAAAAUCAAUCUCAAGUGCAGCAAGUGUCAUAUUCGGGAUAGUGCCUACAUUUCAUGGCAAUUUGUUGAUCUUCCUAAUGAUCCUGCUAUGGCAGUUGGAUUCGAGUUCAACCUCACUGCAAAUAGCCAUGGGGUGAAAAAACAUGUAAGCCUUGUCGGAGGCACACUUAGCAAUGGGAGUAAUGACGAUAACAUGCCAACAACUUUUAGGGGAUCUGUGCCGAACAUAUUCAAAUUUAAUCUAUUUCCCCGCAUUUAUCACAAUCUACAUAAUCUUAAGCUCAUCCAACCUCUGUUUCAUGAGUUUGUUCCGGGUACAUCAUAUAGUGAAAUGAGUCAGCUUCAAGCUUCCCUACAAGUCUCUAGUGAAGGGCUGAUAAAUACUACAUUGUACGUGAAUUAUCUGUCUGACUACAUUGUGGAGAUCGACAAUCAGAAUAUUUUGGGCCCUGUGAGCUUUCUCGCAGACCUUGGUGGCCUUUACUGCAUUAGUAUUGGCAUUUUUUUCUACUUCUUGGUGCAAUGUGAGUACAGGAUCAAGAGGCUGCGUAAUGAGGAUAGCACUAUGAGGAAUAUUAGAAGUCAUCGAAGAGCUCAAGAUAAUUGGGAUAAAUUGAGAAAAUAUGUGAUGUUUACAUGGGGUUGCAAUGCAUUGGAAGAGAAGUACAACAAUGUCCAAGAAGGGCCAUGUUGCACUGGCCUAAUGGUUGGUGCGUUACAUAAGAGAACCGGAUCAUCAGUUAAAAGGGGUCAGCUAAUCAGAAUGGAUUCUAUCAGAUUUAACAAGAAAAUCAACAUGAAAAGUGAGAAGGAAACUGCAUCAACACAAAGUGCUCAAACAUUGUCCAAGAUUGAGAUGCUGGAUCUGGAAAACAAUAUGGUUGGAAAUGUAAAGGAUGAUAAGAGGAGGCAACAUCAUCCUUCUCGGGAAAUUGAUAGCAAUUCUCAUUAUCGAGGAACUAACAAUUAUUCUUUGCCUCCACCUCCUAUAUUAGAUAUGAAGGAUGGUUCUGAAAUAAGUAUGUCAGAGAUUCAUAAGAAUUUCCAAAAUCUAUAUGAAUAUAAUGUCAAGCUAAGGGAUGAGUUAGCUGCCGCUCAUACUAUGAUUAGCGACUUCACAUCCAAAGCCACAUCUUCAACCACAUAAACGCAUCAAAUAAAAAAAAAAACUUUGGAUGCAGCUAUGUUUGGUAAUGUUUCAGGUUAUCGUCAUCUAGUUGGCACCUUGUAUUUGGUACAUACAUAGAAGUUCUUCCCUGCUGUAAUGAAAACAACAAGAUAAGGAUCUGGAAGUUUUGUAGUCAGAUCACAUAUUUUGUGAUUUAGAGCUGUAUAUGUUGUAUAUCAUGUCGAUGAGAAAUGUGUAUAUAAUUUUGCACAUUAAAUGUGGAUGUAAACUGAUGCUUUGGAUUUCUUCUAUUUUGCUUCUAAUCUUUCAAUUGACAAUUGAGAAAUGUUCAUUAUGUUAUGAUUUA